AUGGCUGCAGAGAAUACCAAUAUAGUCUUUGAAGCACAUCCUAUGAAAGGUGGAGAUGGCCCCAAUAGCUAUAUGAAAAACUCCAUUCUGCAGAGAGGUUCCGUCGAUGCUGCCAAAGAACUUCUGAACAAGGCAAUUGCAGAAAAGCUGGACAUCGAGAUAUUCUUACCUUCCAAGUCUUUUCACAUUGCAGAUUUGGGUUGCUCUACUGGGCCAAAUACUUUUUUGGCAGUUGAGAACAUACUUGAAGCUGUGGAGUCCAAGUACCAAAGCCAAGGGCUGAAAUCUCAGAUUCCCGAAUUUCUUGUGUUCUUUAAUGAUCAUAUCUCAAAUGACUUUAACAUGCUCUUCCAAUCCCUCCCUCAGAACAGAAGAUACCAUGCAGCCGGUGUGCCAGGUUCUUUCUACAAGCGGGUGUUCCCGAAUGCUUCCAUUAACUUUGCUUACUCUUCUACUGCCAUUCAAUGGCUAUCUAGAGUACCAACAGUAAUAGAAGAUAGUACUAGUCCUGCGUGGAACAAAGGAUGCAUUCAUUAUUCAAAUGCCACAGAUGAAGUAACAAGGGCUUAUGAAACUCAAUAUAGUGACGACAUGGAGAGCUUCCUGCAAGCCAGGGCUCAAGAGAUUGUGUAUGGAGGACUAAUUGUACUUACCUUUCCAGGCCGCCACAGUGAUACUCCUCAUUCUGAUGCUACGCCAAAUGUGCUCUUACAGCUUUUAGGAUCCUCCCUCAUGGACUUGGUUAGAAAGGGAGUUGUAAGCGAAGAGAAAGUGGAUUCGUUUAACAUACCUGUGUAUUCAAUGUCUCCCAAAGAACUAUCAGAUGUUGUAGAAAGAAAUGGAUGUUUUAGCAUAGAGAUGGUGGCAGACUUGCUUGUUUCCUGGGUAGAGGACACUAGCUCAAUGCCAAAACUGAUUGCCUCUCACAUUAGAGCUGGCAUGGAGGGGCUCUUGAAGCAGCAUUUUGGAGAGGAAAUUUUAGAUGAACUGUUCGACUUGUAUCAGAAAAAAUGUGAAGAUCAUAUAUCCACCAUUAUCUCAGGGAAGGCAGUUAACUUCCUUGUGGUGCUUAAACGCAAGGAAGAUUGA